AUGCGGACCAAACUGCCUACUUACGUAAUUUCCGGCGGUGUUGGCGGGCAGAACGGGAUCGUUUCUGGUUGUUUAGCGACGCGCAGGCCAUUGUGUUGUUCUAUCGCAGUGCACAUUGAAGAUAAUCUGAACCAAACCUCGCGGCACAGCCCCUCGGGUAGAUUUGUGUCGCCGCUGACUGCCUCUCCUCGACAGACCGACACAUCGCGGUGUUGUCUCUCGGGCCUACCGCCUGCCCAAUCAGCGCUCCGAAGCUUUCUCUGCAAAGAGGUGCCCUCAGCAGACGUCAAGCUGGCGACCGUAGCAGGAAAGAAGGCCAAGAAGGUUGAGGAGGAGGAGCCUGCAGCUGCAGCAGCUCCAGCAGCUGAACCAGCCGCCGCAGCAGCAGCAGCAGCAGCAGCAGCAGCAGCAGCACCGCCACCACCGGCGGAUCCGGCUGCAGCUGCAGCAGAUCCAGCACCAGCUGAGGAGGAGGAAGAGGAGGAGUAUGUGGUGGAGAAGGUUCUGGACCGCCGAGUGGUGAAAGGCAAGGCGGAGUUCCUGCUGAAAUGGAAGGGCUUCUCAGAGGAGGACAACACGUGGGAGCCUGCGGAGAACCUCGACUGCCCGGACCUCAUAGCAGAGUACAUGACGAAACACAGAGAGAAGGAGGAGAAGAAGAAGGAGGGCAAGCGGAAAGCUACGAGCGAGGCUGCGGGAGACUCUGAGGAGCGAGGGAGCAAGAAGAAGAAGGAGGAGGGUGAGAAGGCUCGAGGGUUCGGCAGAGGGCUGCAGCCGGAGAGGAUCAUCGGAGCGACGGACUCCAGCGGCGAGCUGAUGUUCCUCAUGAAGUGGAAGAACUCUGAUGAGGCCGACCUCGUCCCAGCAAAGGAGGCCAACGUCAAAUGUCCCCAGGUGGUCAUCUCGUUCUACGAGGAGCGCCUCACCUGGCACUCCUACCCCACCGAGGAGGAGGAUAAGAAGGAGGAGGAGAAAAAGGACUAGAUGAGUGGAGGGAGGAGAAGGAGGGCGCAGGGCGGGAAAUCAAUGACACGCUGGUGAACUGUUGUCCAGGUUUUUGUUUCUAGCAGCGACCUUGGCAGCUAAAGGGGCGACGAGCCGCCACACGGUCAGGAUUGAACUGCCAACGUAGCUGCGAGAGAGGAGAAGAAGUUUGUUUUCCUGCCCUAAGAGGAGACCUGACCUUCCCUCAAAAAGAUGCUCCCGUCUGUAUCUGGACUGAAAAUGUAACUUUUUUUUUUUUUUUUUUUUUUUUUUUAAGAGGUAUGUUGACAUCCUUGUUUAGAUGUUUUUCCUUCACCAACAACGUGUCGCCUGAUGGAACUGGUGCCUUUUGUUCUGGUAGUUUCCCUCCUUGGCAUCACAAGCCGAGUUUAUAGAACUUAUUUCAGUCAACUUACAAUGAAAGUGUUUUGUCUCGUACAUCCGGUGACAGGCGCCUGGCGUUGGAAAGACACCGGGGAAACGACACACGCCGUCGCUACCUCUUGAAACGUGUGCGUUCAUGUGUGAACGUAAAACUGUGGCUGGAUAGUUUGUCUCUCUUUACAAAUCACCGGGCCUCUCUUAAAACGUUUAAAAAGUGUUGUUUUCUUGCAGCGGAGAGGCCGGUGGUUUGUGACGGAUCAGAGGACAAACUUCCUUCCUGCUGUGUCGGGAUACAUCGGAGGGAAUGUCUUUUGGACGGUAACAAAAAGAGGUGAAACACCGGUUUUCUUUGUGCCACCUGGACUCUCAUCAUCGCUGGUGUAGCGCUGGUCCCUGAUUUAAAACUCAAAACGCCAAAAGACGACUUUCCAUUUCACUCGGACAUGAAUAUAACGAGGAGUUUCAGUUCAGAGCGAACAGAGCUUUGAUUUCGGCCGCGCGUGUUUGAUCAGCCAACAUUUAAACACCGCUGCAGUUUCAGCCUCAAGCCUUGAUUCAGCUACCUUAUGCUUCGACCUGACUUCCUGUUAAGUUUUAAUAAAACCACGUUUGUAUUUUUACAGUUCUGACCUUUUGUGUUCACUAAGUGGAGGGUUAGCUGCAGCUUCUCUCUGAUUAAAAAAAAAAAAACGGUUUCUCUGCACAAACACGCCAUCUAAAUAUUGGCAUGUAUUUUAAGAUGCUGCUAUCCUCACGGGUAGAGUAAAAACUUCAAAUCAAGGAGGCCGCGUUGACACUUUCAGUUUGCUCAAAAGCAGCUGUGCUGGUUUGUUUAAAAACGUCUCGUGCCGGUUAUGUUUUAUUAGAUCCUUACAGGUACAUUUGUUUUUAGUGAUGCACCAAUUUAAAAAAUAAAAAAAAAAAAUUUAAGUGACGAAAACAGAAGUUCAGAUAAUCAUGAAGUUUAUAAUCCUCUCUGCAGAGCGGGAGAUAAAUAAACUAAAUAUUCUUGGACCGUAAGCAGGAAGUUAUUUCUUUAAGGAAGCAGUCUUAGUAUCUUUGCAUUAUCUCGGCUGCAGCUUCAGAAAGACGCUCUGAGGCUGGUCGGAGUCGCGCAGCGGCGUUUAACGUGUAAAAACAGCAGCUAAACAGGAAUCGAACCGGAUUUAAUCUCCCAUGAUGCACCGCACACUCAACAGCUUUUUUUUAUUUUUGCAUCAUCACAUGCUGUUUGAAGCAGAAGCUAAAUGCUUUGCAACAUGUUGAAGCAUCUCGGUUUGAUCCCAAAGUGAAACUUCUACACGAUGACAUCACGGCGUGGAAGUUACCCGGCGACACAUCGGCCGUACAUUAAUGUGCUCCGUUUGGCCGACAGAUUGAAGGACCGCUCUGGUUUCCAGACGCACGCUCCGUCACAAACACUUUGUUUCUGCAGGAGAUGAUUUGAAAGUAUGUUUUGAAAAUAAUCUUUAUUUCCGAUCUUUUAUUUUUUAACCCUCACACCUACAGCCACACGUGUGUUUUAAAGGCUGUGUUAUGUUAGCUUGCACCGGCCGGGCAACACUCAACACACAACAGUUUGUCGUUCUCAGAUCGUCCUCCGUUAAAAACCUCUUCUUGUUCUCUGAAAGAACAAAAAAAAAACGAGUUAAAACAUUUUAAAUCCAGCAUGAACAACUCGGCCGUUUCUUUGCUGCUUUCACAUUUUUUCCAGUGUUGAACGUGUUGAAUGUUUCCCGGCUGUGCUUAUUUCUAAGUAUUCUGUAUUCAAGGUAGUGUAGUGGCUCCCCUGUGUUAGCAGACCCGGCUCGGCUGAUUUAUAAUCCCAGAACUGUUUUCUUUGGUUUGCCUUUUGACUGCUGGAAUUAAUCAGAAAACUCAAAGCUCAAUGCUGAAAGUAUUCUAAAGCAUCGACUCGUUUCCAGCAGCUGUUCAGUUUCGUAUUUGACGAAUUCGCUUUUACAAAUCUUUGCUGAACACAAAGAGUUUUGACAUCGAGCUUUUUUCCGACUUCUUCUGCAACAUAGUAAACUAUCAGCAUGUCGACCGUUUCUACUUUGACACGCCGUAAAUGAGUUUUGUUCUGGUCUUUAGAACGUCCAUAUUCGCUGCACCAUGAACUUCAGUAUUCAGAUCCUUCUGACUGCCUUCCGUUUGAGCUCGCCAUCGACAGGAAGGGGUUAAAAAUGAGCUGCUCUGGGGUCUGCCUGUUAGCGAUUCUCUGGUGUCUCAGACUUUUCUCUGUAUUUAGCAGAUUAGCUUGUGUUGUCCUGUUGCAUGUUUAUCGGUUUGUCACUUUCAUGGCUGAUCUACUUUAAAUAUGUCUGUUUUGACAAUAAAGGUUGUUUGUUUUCAUAAAGA